AUGGUCGGUCCAGGCGGUGGUCCACCACGCAAGAGCCACACCAAAUCCCGUAACGGCUGCAAAACAUGCAAAAGAAGACACAUUCGAUGCGAUGAGACUUUCCCGCAAUGCCGCAAUUGUACAAAGCACAACUGCCGCUGUGACUACCAGGAUGCGGCUGCCACUCAAAGUGGGAGUCCCCCCGCGCCACGCCGUGGUCCCGACCUCCUCCUUUCGCCAGAGAUCGAAAUGGAAGUAGAGAAUUGGCAUCGCACUGGUGUGCCUCCGUAUCCGGAGCUCUUGCAGUGUCCGCGAUCCGGGUGGUCUGGCUUGUCACGGUCUGAUUUGCGCCUGAUUCACCAUAUAAUUGGGCUUUCUAUUGACUUGCAUCGUCGAGGGCUGAGUGGUUGUACUGUGUGGGCGCAGAAGAUGCCCAAUUUCCUGGCUAUUUCGCUGGGCAGCGACUUCGUUAUGAGCUCUAUCUUAAGCUUUUCGGCGUUUCAUCUUGCUUUUCUUACCCGAGACCAGGAGACUAAGCAGUUGGCUUUCCGUCAUAGAGUUACGGCUCUCCAAGGACUGCAGACCGCCCUAGGGUCCUUCUCGAAGGAGAACUGCGAUGCAAUUCUUGCGGCUUCUGUUCUUUUGUCAUGGCAGGCGACAGACCAUCAAAGUUGGGCAUCUUUGCAACACGGCAUCUCCAGCGUCCUAGAAUCUAUGCAUCCAUAUUGGAAGCAAGAGUCAGAUAUUGCACAGUUGGUAGAGAACCAACGAGCACUGAGCACGACAGAUCUUUCAAUGGCCGGGGUCUAUCAACCCCUCGACGAAGACAUGGUACAUCUAGAUCAAACGAUCCAGGCCCUACAGAUGACACAAAAACGUAUUUCCCACAACCUCGAGCACUCUCAACGCCUAGGAGAACUCAUCGAAUUCAUCCAGCAAUUCCGUGAUGACUUCCCCAACCAAACAGCCGAACAAUCAUUCGAAAGCAUCCAAACUCUCCGCCGCUGGCUCUUCUGGCUCCCACCAUCCAUGCUCCGAAGUAGCGAAUCAGAGAUCAACGCUCUCCCAAUCCUAGCCCAAUUCUUCGCCGUCGGUAUCUCUCUCGAUCGCUUCUUCCCAGAGCUAGGUGGUGCAUACCUAGGCGCCCUAUUCAUCAGUCCGGUCGAAGAGAUGUACCGCAUAAUAGCCACCCAUAACGCCGCAGAUCCCUUCAACACCGAGCUGCGUCUAGCCCUGGAACUCAUGGACUUGCCCCGCGGUAUCGUUGCCCGCUAUCGCAGUCGCCUCCCCCUCUCCUGGUCCCCCCGCCCAUCAGUCGACUACUCCCCUGGCCCACCCAGCCCUUUCCACCACAACAUACACGAGUACCCGCUUGUCGCCUCCUCCUCACCUGCUUCCGCUUCGCCUUCUUAUGCCGCUUAUACCCCGCCCCUGCACUCCCCUACCGCCAUCAAUAUUGCCAACUCUGCCUUCCCCGUUCAAGACGCUUAUGUCUCCGCACCCUCGCAUUCUCUGUACCCACCCUCCCCACAGCUCCUCGAUAACCACGACGUACACCUUGGUCUUUCGGAUAUGGGUCAUGGCCAUGCCCAUCCUCACCCUGCUUCUGCUUCCAUUCCUCAUUCAGCGGCUUACACCCCGCCGUAUGGUGAUGUGCUGUGCGCCGGUUUGCCGCGCGCGGAUAGCGCACUCGGUCUAAAUAUGGAGGCCUAUUCGCCGACACAUCCGUUUGAAUUGCCAGGCAUGGCUGCUCCAACUUCACUUUGGACUUGA